GUCCCUGCAGUCUUCCCGGGACCCUCAGGGAGAACCGGCCGCCUGGCAGGCGGGCAGUUACCGGACACCUGCUUUGUGUCCUGUAUGCCAAGUACUGGAAGAGUUGGUGGUCUUUUAGUUGGAAGAACAAAUCUGUAUGGAGAAAGAGAUACAACCAAAAGAAACCCAGAAGAUUUAGGAACAUCUCCAGAAUGUUUAUUCUCAAAAGCUGUUUUUUAAUUAAACUUUUUUUCUGAAACUAAAUGGACUCCGAACUCAAGGAAGAAAUUCCUGUGCAUGAGGAAUUCAUUUUGUGUGGUGGAGCUGAAACCCAGGUUCUAAAAUGUGGGCCCUGGACUGACCUCUUUUAUGAUCAAAGUGUCAAAAGGCCUAAGCUGCUUAUUUUCAUUAUUCCUGGUAACCCAGGUUUUUCUGCCUUUUAUGUGCCAUUUGCAAAGGCUUUAUACUCUUUGACAAACAGACGCUUUCCAGUUUGGACUAUCAGUCAUGCUGGGCAUGCACUGGCUCCAAAAGACAAGAAGAUUCUCAAAACAUCAGAGGAUUCAAAUGCUCAAGAAAUUAAGGACAUCUAUGGCCUGAAUGGACAAAUAGAGCACAAACUAGCUUUCCUGAGAACUCAUGUGCCAAAGGACAUGAAGCUUGUGCUCAUUGGCCAUUCCAUAGGCAGCUAUUUCACUCUUCAGAUGCUGAAGCGAGUCCCUGAUCUCCCAGUAAUUCGUGCCUUUCUUCUCUUUCCAACGAUUGAACGAAUGUCUGAAUCACCCAAUGGCAGAAUUGCCACUCCACUUUUGUGCUGGUUUCGAUAUGUUCUCUAUGCUACUGGCUACUUAUUAUUUAAACCGUGUCCUGAGAAAAUCAAGUCCUUCCUAAUCAGAAGGGUCCUUCAAGUAAUAAACCUGGAGAAUGAAUUUUCGCCAUUGAAUGUAUUAGAACCAUUCUGCCUUGCUAAUGCUGCCUACCUUGGGGGCCAAGAAAUGAUGGAGGUGGUGAAGAGGGAUGACGAAGUCAUAAAGGAGCAUUUAUGUAAGCUUACAUUUUAUUAUGGUACUACAGAUUCUUGGUGUCCAAAAGAAUACUACGAAGACAUUAAGAAGGAUUUUCCAGAAGGAGACAUUCGACUCUGUGAGAAAAACAUACCUCAUGCUUUCAUCAUCCGUUUUAACCAGGAAAUGGCGGGCAUGGUUGCUGACUCUCUAAAGGAUGAUCUAUCCAAAAUGUAAAUGGGCCUGAAACAAGCCCCACCCCGCCGCCAGUACAUUGAGGCAGUCAGUGUACUAGACUUUUUAGGUAAAUGUUUAAUUUUGAAAACUGAUAUUAGAAAUGAAGAAAGUGAGAACCUCUUGGCUUACAAAUCAACUCUCAGCUCCCCAUGUAACAGGCUGAAGUCAACACAGUUGAUGAAUCAUUCCAUAGGUUUAACCAUACGUUUUCCAAGACUCAGGGAGCACAGCGAUCUACCCAGAGUCUCGUGUUUACAUGAGAUGCCUAGUGGCACCAUAUGGUUUAUUUUGGUAGGCAGGAUCUUUGCAGAUUAAAAAAAAAAAAAUCUACAUGUUGAUUUUAAUUUGAUUGCAUUGUAGAAUAGGCUUUUCUGGAGGAAAUUAUGAAAUACCUGCUAGCAAAUGUAAAAGUAAUCGGUGAAUGUUAAGAUUAUAGUUAGAUAUGUGAAGUGUAUGAGAUUAUGACAAGGGUACACUCAUGUUCCAGGAGCAGGAAGUGAACCUGGGUCUCCUUUAAGACAGAAGAUGAAGAUCAGUCCAGACUAACUUAGCACAGGUCUUGGCCAGGAUCAUCAGUGUGACGUCUAAUCUACCUGCACUAGACAGAGAAUAAAGUUCACCAGACAUUCAUGUGGUCAACUAACCAGAUAAAGAGUUGUUGAAGGACCCCAACUGUGUCUCCUGCCACAGGACAACCAGCAAGUUCUGUGUUCAGCCUUAGCCUGCCAGGUUAUGAGCUCCCUGCAGGCUCCUCCUCUCCAGAGCCAUGAUGGAGAGGCGCCAGGCUGUCCCAAAUCAGACUUGUAUGUACCAACAUGCAGUUGCUCCUUCUGUAAUUCUUACACUAAAACUCCAUUGAAGACCAGCAAUGAGCCAAAUAGUGUGCUAGCCAUUGAGGAUAGAGUUCUUAGUUACUUAAUGAUUCUCUUCUUCUGGAAAUCUUCUAGUGAAUAAUUUUUUGAAAGUGUCUUUUAAACUGCUGAGUAAAACAUUACUGUACAUUAGCUGGGAGGAAAUUAACAUCAUUUGCUGGAAGGAAAUUAUUUUGUUAAUGAACCAAACCCAGCCAUUAAGUUACAUGAAUUCACCUUCUGUAGACACAUUUGAGGUCUGGUAGAGAAGACACAUGUUCCCUGACCUAGAGUGGGCUGACAACAUUGCUGCCUUCCCUAACUUGACUCAAUCCCGAGAACCACAUACUGCAGUGACAGUGGAAGAUGGAUCCAAAAUAUUCCUUUUUCUCCUAGAGGAAAUCCCUCAUGGCAUUAUCAUUCCCUAAGGACAAUGAGAUGUCCUUCCCCUCAAAACCUAAAGCCCCCCGAUGAAAGAUUCAGCUCUGAUUUGCUGCCAACUCUUUGGUAAGUGCUGAACGAGUUAUCGUGCAUUGCCAUAGCUCCUACAUCCCAGCAAAUGACUUCUCAGAGGGGAAAAGACAAGCUCUGGACAAGGAGUGCUGUUAACCCAAGGGGAAGAGCUAGUAGUAGAUACAGAGGCCAUAAGCACAGGGCUGUACACAGAGCUUUUAUUGGCAUCUGCACGGGAGGCCUAGAAAUCAGAUAUUAGAAGCUAGGACUCAUGGCUCUGAGUGCCUUGCAUACAGGAGAUACUCAGUACUACUAAAUCAAAGCAUGUAAACAGGUCCUGGGUGAAUCAUACCUACUGAAAUAAAGAGCAGCAUUCAGAGCUUUUCUUUUAGCUGUUAUUUUAAACAUUGUUCCAUAUUUCAAAAGUCUGCAUCUAUGAAAUUGUGUCUUAUUUCUGAUUUUUAGAGCCUAAGAAAAAUACUUGUUCUUAAUUCCUGUUUGUCAUCUGAACACCAAAUGUAUUUUUGAAAUAAAAGUUUUACCAGCACUUC